AUGGAUGCAUCACAGUCAAAGGCCGCCGAGGCUCAGCCCGGUGGUCAGAUGGACGUCGUAGAAGAUGUAGAAUACGGGGGCAAAGAGGCUUAUGCAACAGACGACACGCCCAUCUCGCCCGAGGCGGAGAAGGCUCUGCUUUGGAAGCAGGACAAGCGCAUCGUGCCGCUGUCGGCCGCCAUCUACUUCCUGUGCUACCUGGACAGGUCCAACAUCGGCAACGCCAAGAUCCUCAACGCGUCGACCCACCACGACCUCAUGUCCGAGACUGGCAUGUCCAACUAUCAGUACACGAUCGCGCUGAUGAUCUUCCUGGUGGCUUACGGGCUGUUCGAGGUGCCUUCAAAUGUGUUGCUCAAGAAACUCCGCCCUUCGCGUUGGAUCGCCAUCCUCAUGUUUGGUUGGGGCGCCUGCUCUACAGGUCUGGCGGGCGCUCAUAACUACGGCACUGUCACUGGUGUCCGCUUCCUCCUCGGGGUCUUCGAGGCCGGUCUUUUCCCGGGUCUGGUCUACUAUCUUACCUUCUGGUAUAAAACGGACGAACGAAGCAUACGUGUCGCUUUUAUCCUCGCCAGCGCUACCCUCGCUGGCGCCUUCGGUGGAGCGAUCGCCUAUGGAGUAGGACACAUGAACCAGGUCCAUGGUCUUUCAGGAUGGCGUUGGCUGUUUAUCAUCGAAGGGGUGCCUUCGUGCUUGUCCGCAUUCUUUGUGCUAUUCUUCCUGCCGGAUUUCCCCGAGACCGUCAGCUGGCUCUCUGUGGAAGAGAGGGCACUCGCCCUGCGCCGCCUCCACGUUGAAGGCAGCAAGGGACUGCACCAGUCGGACUGGUGGCACGAUACGAAGGCGACGCUCCUGGACUGGAGGCUCUGGGGCCACUACGCCGUCUACUUUGGGAUCUCGACGCCGUUCAGCAGCCUGUCUCUGUUCACGCCUUCCAUCACGGCUGGUCUCGGCUACAAGGAUCUUCGGGCCCAACUGAUGAGCGUUCCACCUUACGCUGUCGCAUAUGUGGUCCAGAUCUUGGUGUCGUGGUCCGCCGAUCGCUUCAACUCGAGAGGCCUCCACUCAGCUGUGAGUGCCACAGUUGGCGCGUGCGGAUUCAUAGCCUCGGCAGCUCUACCGGCGGAUGCGUAUUCCCAUCGCUAUGGAUGUCUAAUAGUCGCGGCUGCCGGGGCGUUCGCCUGCAUACCUCCACUGUUGGGGUGGUUAUCGUCCAACAUCUUCAGCACCGCGUCCGUGGGCCUUGCGAUUGCUCUGAACAUAGGACUUGGAGGCGCACCAGGACAGAUCGCAGGUGUGUGGAUCUACAAGGCUGAUGAGGCGAAGAAGGGAUACCCCACCGGACAUUGGGUCAAUGCCGGUUUGCUCCUCUUUGUUGCUGCCGGUUGUAUGCUGCUCAGGGUAUACUAUGGCCUGCAGAACCGAAGACUAUUCAGAGAGUCUGGAGGACGAGACGAUGUUCGAAUGUAUAAAUACUGA